AUGACCACCAACGACUGUGUUGACGAGAGCCAUUCGAUCGCCGGUCCUGGGAGUACCAAUGGAGACUCCCAUACCAACGGUGGCAAUCACUCAAACGGAGUCACCAACGGGGCCAACCACAACAGUAAUGGGAACCAUUCCAACGGAUUCAGCAACGGAGCUACAAAUGGAGCCGUCAAUGGCGCCGCCGCUGAAGGCAUUGCCAUUGUUGGCAUGGCAAUGCGCCUUCCAGGCGGCGUCAAGGAUGCCUCUGAUUUCUGGAACCUGUUAGUAGAGAAGCGGGACGGCCGUGUACGCGUCCCUGCAGACCGAUACAAUGUGGAUGCUUUCUAUGACGAGAGCGGAAAGCCGGGUACUGUGCGAACACAGUACGGGAAUUUCCUGCAAGAGGAUCUAAGCCAUGUUGACACUUCAUUCUUCUCGAUGACGCGGGCCGAGACUGAAAAGCUCGACCCACAGGCGAGAUUGCUUCUAGAGGUUAGCCGAGAAGUCCUCGAGAACGCUGGGGAGACGGAUUGGCGAGGCCAAAGAAUUGGAUGCUAUGUCGGUGUUUUCGGUGAGGACUGGCAGGACAUUCACUUGAAGGACAGCCAAGAUGCCGGAAUGUAUCGUGUUACCGGAUAUGGUGAUUUCCUAUUAGCGAAUCGUAUUUCUUAUGAAUAUGACAUGAAGGGCCCCAGUGUGACUAUCAAGACCGGCUGCUCCUCGUCGCUGAUCUCCUUGCACAUGGCUUGUGAAGCCAUUGCGAAUAACGAGUGCAAUGCUGCCAUUGUCGCGGGCUCCAACUUGAUCAUGUCGCCCACGAUGACCAUCGCGAUGUCCGAGCAGGGCGUCCUAUCGCCAGACGCCGCUUCCAUUAACGCGAUAUAUGUCAAGCGGCUUAGUGACGCAGUCAGAGAUGGCAAUCCCAUUCAAGCAGUGAUUCGGGCGACGGCUAGCAACUGUGAUGGCAGAACUCCGGGAAUCUCGCAUCCCAGCUUAGAAAGCCACGAAGCCUUGAUGCGAGCAGCCUAUACUGCCGCCGGCCUUGAAAAUCACGCCGAAAUGGGAUUUGUUGAAUGUCACGGCACCGGAACGUCGAUCGGCGAUCCUCUAGAGGCGCAGGCUGUGGCCAAUGUGUUUGGAGAACGAGGAAUAUACAUUGGAUCGUGCAAACCGAAUGUUGGCCACUCCGAGGGUGCCUCUGGUGUCACUGGGGUCAUCAAAGGAGUGCUUGCUCUGCAGCACCAGACAAUCCCGCCGAACAUCAACUUCCAGACACCCAACCCCAAACUUCCGUUUGAUAAGCUCAAGGUGCCAACGGAGGCUAUUCCUUGGCCGCAAGACCGCGCCCAGAGAGUCUGUGUGAAUUCUUUCGGCCUUGGUGGAGCUAACGCUACCGUUAUUCUGGAUUCGGCGGCGUCCCACGGCUUUGGCAGACAACCAGUUGCUGCGCAGAAAAAGGAAGAGCUUCUUGUCCUCUCCGCAAACCAUACCAAGUCGUUGCAGCAACUGGUUGCGAACACAAAGGAGUAUCUAGAGAACAACCCGGAUGCCACAGUCGACCUCGCCUACACUCUUGGUGUGCGCCGGGAGCAUCUGCCCUUCCGCACAUUCCUGGUCACAGGUGACAGCUUCACUGAAGCAUCCCCAGGAGUUAAGCCAAAUGUUGAACAGACGCUUAACUUUGUGUUCACCGGCCAAGGCGCUCAGUGGGUUGGUAUGGGGAGGGAACUACUAAGCCACUACCCCCUCGUUCUGCACACCAUCCAGCAACUGGACAACACCUUGCAGCAACUGCCAGCCCGUCCGUCCUGGUCCAUCGAAGAGGAGCUUCUGGCCGGGGGCUCUACGACGGAAGAUGAGGCCUCUGCCAAAAUCAGGACCGCGAGAUUUGCAAAGGCGGAAUUUGCGCAGCCUCUUUGUACAGCUGUGCAGAUUGCGGUUGUUGACCUUCUCCAGUCGUGGGGCAUCACUCCCAGUGCCGUCGUUGGCCACUCAAGCGGAGAGAUCGCGGCUGCGUAUGCUGCAAAUGCCAUUACCCGGGAGGAGGCAAUCAUUGCUGCCUUCUACCGCGGGCUAAACACCAAGUUGCAGACCAAACAGGGUGCAAUGGCAGCGAUCGGCCUUGGGAAGGACGGCGUGUUGCCCUUCUUGAUUGAAGGCGUGGUUGUGGCAUGCGAGAACAGCCCCGAGAGUGUGACCUUGUCCGGCGAUAAGGAGGCGGUGCAAAAGGUCGUCGAACGUAUUAAACAGGACCUUCCGGGCACCUUUGCAAGAGAAUUAAAGGUGGAAAUGGCGUACCAUUCUCACCACAUGGAGGCAAUCGGAGGAGACUAUGAGGCAUCGAUCGACCAGUUGAUCAACGCGAAGAAGCCGGAGGCCAAGUUCUACUCUAGUGUCACUGGAGAGCUGGUGAACCAGAAGGGCUUCUUGGGACCUGCCUACUGGCGUGCAAACUUGGAGUCGCCAGUCAAGUUCUCGACAGCAGUCAGCGCCCUGCUCAAGGACAGCUCCGGGGACCAGGUGUUCAUUGAAAUCGGCCCACACUCUGCUCUUCAAGGCCCUCUCCGACAGAUAUUCAAAGCUUGCAACGCGUCCAGUUCGACGUAUUGCUCCGCAUUGGUUCGGAACACCAGGAGCACCCAAAGCAUCUUGCAAUGCGUCGGACAACUAUUCAUCCGAGGAGUCCCAGUGGACUUCAGCGCCAUGGCCCCAGGUAGCGUUCUCACCGAUUUGAAGCCAUACCCUUGGCACCACGAAGCCGCGUACUGGGAUGAAAGCCGCAUCUCUAAGGAAUGGCGUUUGCGCAAGUUUCCUCAUCACGAGAUCCUUGGAAGCCGCAUCACCGAUGGCUCUGGGCUGGAGCCGAUAUGGAGAAACAUGCUCAGAACGGAAGAAUGCCCCUGGGUUCGUGACCACCAGAUCUCCUCGGACAUCAUCUUCCCUGGUGCAGGGUAUAUUGCCAUGGCCGGCGAGGCUAUUCGACAGUUGACGGGAGCUGAAGACUUCACGGUCCGCGAGGUAACGUUUGCCUCAGCGAUGGUGAUCAGCGAGUCCCAAGCCACCGAGAUCAUCACCUCUGUAAGGCCUCUGCGUCUGACCGACUCUGCUGACUCCGUUUGGCACGAGUUUUCAAUCACCUCGUAUAACGGCGCUUCUUGGACCAAGCAUUGUUCUGGUCAGGUCCGGCCCGGCCCUGACCACGAACUGAAAGCCCCAGCUUUGCAAGCGCUGCCCAGAGUCGUCUCCUCCGCGAAAUGGUACCAGGCGAUGCGAAAUGUGGGCCUCAAUUACGGGCCGAGCUUCCAGGGCCUGGAUGACAUCUGCACAGGAACGACCGACAUGGUUGCCCAUGCGUCAGUUUCCAACGCUGCCCACUCAGGGAAGGGACUUUACGCCUUGCACCCGUCCACCAUUGACAUGUGCGUCCAGCUGUUCAGCGCAGCGGCCUCAUAUGGACAGCCACGGAAUCUUAAACUGCUUUCUGUGCCCAGAGCCAUUGACAGCCUGUACAUCGGCCGACCUGAGGGCCAGCUGGAUGUCGAGGUACAGGCAACUGCCACCCCCAGGGGAAUGAUUAUGGGUACUGGAGUUGCUACCUCUGGCGGCAAGGUUGUCCUGGAAAUCAACGGGCUCAAGCUACAUCCGCUGGAAGACAGUCGCUCCUCUCGCGGUAGCGACCCGCACGCAGCAUGCCGCAUUCACUGGCAGCCACAUGUUGACUUCCUCAAACCUAGUGACCUUAUCCGGCAGAGCGAGGCAGGAAGUCAACGACAAUGGUAUCUCCCAGUCGAGAGGCUGGCCCUCCUAUGCACGAUUGAGAGUAGCACACAGCUAAAGUCGCUUCAGCCGUCGGAGACGCAUCUCACAAAGUUCCAGUCUUGGCUGGAGCGGGAACUUGAUCGUACAGCGCGAGGAGACAAUGUCCUCGUUGAAGGGCCACGGGAGAUUGCUGCCAUGACUUCGGACGACCGGGUUGCUGAGAUCAACCGGCUCACUGAGCAAAUCUUGUCGACACCAACCAAAGCGGCUGCCAUUGCGCUCCGAAGAAUCUUUGACGCGCUCGGGGCCAUUUUCCAAGGGGAAAAGGAUCCUCUGGAACUGUUGCUUGCGGAUGAUAUCCUCGCCCAGCUGUAUAACAUGGGAGAUCGAUGGGACUAUGCGGACUUCCUCAAAGCUCACUGCCAUGCCAAACCUUGGCUUAGGAUUCUGGAGAUAGGUGCCGGGACUGGAGGCACCACGGCCAAAGUCCUCGAUCUCCUUUCCUCCCACGGAGAGCGCAUGUAUGGCCUAUAUUCGUACACCGAUAUCUCAGCGGGCUUUUUCGUCGAGGCGAAGCAGCGGUUCGCGAACUACUCCAAUAUUGAAUACUGCGUGUUGGAUAUCACUAAAGACCCCGUCGAGCAAGGCUUCGAGCCCGGCUCCUACGAUAUUAUCAUUGCGGCAAAUGUCCUUCAUGCGACGCCAAAGCUCAGUGAGACGCUCGCAAAUGUUAAGAGCCUUCUUCGACCGGAUGGGUGCUUAUUCCUUGAGGAAUUGUGCUCCACUGCCAAUUGGUUGAACUAUAUCAUGGGUACUCUCCCCGGCUGGUGGUUGGGUGAAGAAGACGACCGUGCCUGGGAACCGUACGUUUCUCCAGAGAGAUGGGCACAGGAAAUGGCAGCUGUGGGAUUUGGAGCGCCAACAGUGGUCUAUGAUGAUGUGGCUCCCUACCAGGCCAGUGCCCUGCUUGUUUCAUCCCCGGUGGCUACCGAAGACAAGCAGACCCGGAAAACAAUCUCACUACUCUGCAGCAAUGCCGACCAGUCACCUUUUGUCUCCGAGGUAGAGACCAAACUGAGAAAUGAAGGCUACAUCGUCGAACGGUCCACAUUGGCUGAGAUGCCGAAGCCGCGACAGGACAUUGUCUCCGUGCUGGACUUGCAAGAGCCAUACCUGGAGAACAUAUCCGAAGAGCGCUUCCAGGAACUAGUGCGGUUCCUCCAGGCAAUCGAUGCAGAGUCUGGUGUCCUAUGGGUCACAAGAGCUAUCCAAAUGCAUUGCAAGGACCCGAGAUGGGCGCAGUCGCUUGGCCUGACCCGCACAGUUCGAAACGAACUCGGCGUCGAUAUGGCCUCUCUGGAGCUUGACAACCUUGGAGGUGAAGCCAGCACAGCUGUCGUGAAGGUGUUGCAAAAUUUCCAGCGUCGUGUGAAGUCUGACGACUACGACCCUGACUAUGAAUGGGCCCUCGACAAUGGCAAGGUCCAUGUUGGCCGGUUCCAUUGGUUCUCUGUCAACGACACACUUUCUCUCACCAGUGCUGAUAGCAAGGUCCCUAAGAGACUGGAAGUUGCCAAACGAGGUUUCCUCGAGACCCUUGGAUGGGUUCAGCAACCCACGCGCGUCCCUGAUAGUGAUCUAGUGGAGAUUGAAGUUCGCGCUGUGGGCAUGAAUUUCAAGGAUGUCCUUAUUGCACAAGGUAUUGUUGAUGGGCAUCCAAGCGAGGGCAAUGGCCUGGGUUGCGAGUGCGCCGGUAUCGUCCGCCAGGUCGGUCCUGAGGUCCAAAACGUUGCGGUUGGAGACCGAGUGAUGACCAUCUUGAUUCACUCCGCGUGUGGUGGUAUCGGCAUUGCUGCCAUCCAGAUCAGCCAGAUGAUAGGCGCCACGAUCUACGCGUCGGUGGGAACAGAAGAGAAGAUCCAGCAUCUGGUGAACACGUAUGGCAUUCCUCGCAGCCACAUUUUCAGCUCGCGCGAUGCCUCUUUCCUUCCCGAUGUCCUCAAAGCGACCAAUGGACGCGGUGUUGAUCUUGUCCUCAACUCGCUUUCGGGUGAUUUGUUGCACGCAUCUUGGAAGUGCGUUGCAUCUUAUGGGUCGAUGGUGGAGAUCGGAAAGCGCGAUUUCAUCGGCCAUGGCAGGCUGAAUAUGGACACCUUUGAAGCCAACCGGGCGUUCUUUGGCGUGGACUUUGCUCAGAUCUGUGCCGAAAGACCGGAUAUCACCCAAGAAAUCCUGGAAGAGUGCGUUCGGUACUACAGCGAGGGGUCCAUUCGCCCUAUCACCCCAGUGACCUACUUCCCCGCCGAAAAGAUCCAAGAUGCAUUCCGAUUCAUGCAGAGAGGAUCGCAUAUUGGCAAGAUAGUGGUUUGUAUGCCCGAGGACUCGGAUGCUUUGCCCACGAUCGGGAAGCAGAAACAGCUAGACCUCCGGUCCGAUGCUUCUUACCUGCUUGUCGGUGGCUUGGGUGGUCUCGGUCGAGCUGUUUCUACCUGGCUGGUUGAAAACGGUGCCAGAAAUCUGGUCUACUUGUCACGGUCUGCUGGACAGUCUACUCAAGAUCAGCUAUUCUUCCGAGAGCUUGAAGCUCAGGGAUGCUCCGUCCAGGCAUUCCCAGGCAAUGUCUCCGUCCUCAGCGAUGUUGAGCGUGCCGUUCAGGGUGCACGGUUGCCUAUCGCUGGAAUCCUUCAGAUGUCUAUGGUCCUACGGGAUGGAAAACUCGAUGAAAUGAGCAUCAGCGACUGGGAAGCCGCCGUCAAGCCCAAGGUCGACGGAACCUGGAAUCUUCACAAAGCGACCCAGUCGAUUCCGUUGGACUUCAUGGUUAUGUUCAGUUCGUUCUCGGGUCUCGUGGGACAGCGUGGACAGGCCAACUACGCUUCCGCAAACACGUUCCUGGACGCCUUCGUUCAAUAUCGCCAUGCCAAUGGUUUGGCGGCCUCUGUCCUCGAUAUUGGUCCCAUCGAAGACAUCGGCUACGUCAGCACGAACAGAAUGGUCCUCGAUCAAUUCAAGGCGACAAAUCUGCAUGUCCUACAAGAGACAGACCUGCUUGAGACGCUGCAUGUGGCCAUCCUGUCGUCCAUGCCAGGUUCCUCCGCCGAUGGCUUCGUAAAUGACAGCCAAAUCGGCAUUGGUCUACGGAUGACCGUACCCUCGCAAGCACCGAACAACCGAUGCAUCUGGAAACGCGACCGCCGUAUGUCGGUCUACCGCAACAUCGAGCAGGUGGAAGAGGUUGAAGAUUCUGGUGCAGCGGGCUUGGGACUUCGUCAAUUCCUCUCCGAAGCGCAAGCAAACCCGGCCAUGCUCAAGGAUGACAGCAGUGCCGAGUUCCUCGCGACAGAGCUGGGGAGGACGCUGCACGGAUUCCUCCUGAUACCGGUCGAGGACGUCGACAUUUCCAGAUCCAUCACCAGUAUGGGUGUGGAUUCGCUCGUGGCGAUUGAGCUGCGUAACUGGUGUCGACACAAGAUGGGGCUUGAGUUCACCGUCUUGGAAAUUCUCGAUCUACCGAACCUGAAGGCCUUUGGCCAGGCUGCGGCACAACGUUUGUUCUCGAAAUACGGGGGUGGCGAAGAACAUGUCCGUGAAUCGUUCUUGACCAUGAAGGCGCCAUGA